ACAACUAUGGUCGGCAGCAGGACGAGACAGCUAAAAAUUACACGGAGUGUAUUUCCUAUGAACACGUGAUUCAAAGCGUCACCCAAAAUCCUAAACCCUUUCAUCUACAUUUUGGAGAGGGGCGGGGGUCGGACGGUGAAUGUAUACGAGGGAGAUGCGCUCUCUACGAAGCGAAAGUGUUGGACACUAACCACGGUCGGUCACAAUUUUGAACAGUAAUAAUCUAUUAAAGAUUUAUUUUAGCUUUUGCCAAAUAUUUGCCUUUGACUUCCUGUCAUAUGGGAAAGGGUAUCUGGCCAAAUAAAAACAACAUGUAGUCUAAAAUUAGGUUUGUCCUUUUUACUAAUUUAACCUAUGUAAAUGUUUCUUUCCAGCUAUAUAGGGACUUUGGAGUAACGCGAAUGCCAACAGGGUCAAUUCAGGCUAAAUCGAGUAGCGCGCGUAAAACUGGAUUUCAGGCUAUAGAACCUCCUUCGUCUGUUGAAAUGUAGCCUACAGGGCUACUCUUAGGCUUUCCCGUAUAAACUGCAAAUCAUGACAAUGACCUCGUUGAGUGCUAUUGGGGCAAAUUAUGGGGACUUUUAAUCAAUCAUUUGAAUUGCCAGGUGAAUUCUUAUUUUGGAUGCCUAUCACGUACAGUUUCAUCUUUUUAAUUUUCAGCCAUAGUACACAUAGACAACUUGAUAACGGGAUGAAUGAUUAACUAGUCUCCAAUAUAAAUAUUAGUAAGUUUAAUUUCCUGAUACGUCAGACAGGCUAAGAUUGUGUUUAGUUUUAUCUUGACGUUAUUCAGACGGGCCUACUAUAGGUCUUCGUCGUGUGAGAAUGUACAGGAGCCUACAGUAGGCCCAGUGCUGGCAUUUAGGGUUGUGUUUUCAGAGUUGAUAGCGAUAGGUUUUGUUUGCUUCCAAAUUCAAACUGCUGGCCAAUGAGCGAGCGAUUUUAACAGAGUGACAGCUCUAAUACACAGGCUUGUGUACACGAAUCUGGUCCCACAACUUACGAGUAGCCAAUGCGGUAUACGGAUGGGCCGGAACUGAGUCAAACGCAAAAUACAAAUGUUCAUGAUUCGUACCACGGGAACGUAUUGAGUUAAGUGGUUAUGUUUUUUUGUCUCUUUUAAAUACUAACAUUAUGGCUCUAUCGCAAUGUUUAGAAGAUUCACCUGUCAGAUGGCCGUUAACAAGACAGGGAAAUAAUUUGAAUGUACAGGAGUUGUAUAACGAAAGGCACAGACUAGCGUUGGAGGAACUUAUUUCAGGUGGAGUUGAUUCCUUUGUGGAAUUUCUUAGAAAAGAGAGAAUUCCGAACUUUCUCUCGGAUGACGAGAUCAGAUGCAUUCGCGGAUCUGCGGUUGUCCCACGCUGUGUGUCCCUUCACGGGGAGGACUUGUUUUGUGAGCAGACGGUAAGCAACUCCAUGGACUGCUCCUCAGUUACUUACUUCCCAGAGGUCUCGGACGUGGAACCACCGCUGUUGGAAAUCGGUUGGCCCGCCUUUACAGCGAGCUCUUACAGAGGAGUCACUCGUGCGGUCGCUCACUUCCAACCCAGCUAUGGAGAAUGCAUCUAUAGUUGUAAGGAAGCUGCGAGAAGAAUGAUAAAAAGUGCCAAGGAGGUGAUUGCCAUAGUGACGGACUCUCUGACUGACCUGGACAUCUUCAAGGAUCUUCAGGAGGCAUGCACGCAGCGCAAAGUUCCAGUCUACAUCCUGCUGGACCAAUCGUCCGUUCAGGCAUUCCUCAAAAUGUGCAGCAGCAUCAAUGUGCGCUUAGACGAGCUUCAGCAAAUGCGAGUGCGCACCAUAACUGGUGGUACGUACUUCAUGCGAUCCGGGGCCAAGAUCACAGGGAAGGUUCAUGAACGAUUCAUGUUGAUUGAUGGGAACAGAGUGGCUACAGGGUCCUACAGAUUCAAUUGGACUGACGGGAAACUAAACAGCAGCAACCUGAUCGAGCUGUCUGGCCAGAUCACUGAGAACUUUGAUGAGGAGUUUCGAAUCCUGUACGCCCAGUCCGUGCCUGUAAUCACCAGGGGUCCAGCCAGUGCCCGGAGCAGCGGCAUCUACGACCACUUGCUCAUCAAACGCUCCACCAACUCGCCUCAUCAGCCAGUUGGAGAGAGGUCUGUAGCUGACCCCGUCUCUCUGGACGUACUGGGGAAACUGGCGUGUCUGUCGAGCACGCCCAGCCGCACCACCGCCAUGACGGUGCUUCGCCCUGGAGAAGGGACCCGAGAGAAGGGCCGCGAGAGCAGGCCGGUGUCAGACUCCUCAACCAUAGGGGACGACUGGAUGGAGCAGCAGAACGUACAGGAGAUUCUGGCUGGUGGUGCUGAUCCAAGCCUGCCCACGUAUGACCCCGUCAUUGUGACAUCAGCAGCGGAUGUCCUGGUCACUCCCUCAGUCCCUCCCCUCUGUCACGUCUCCACGCAGACCAGCUGUUCCUCGGAGGACAGCGGAAGCCGGACGGACGGGACACUCGAUGCGAAGCCCCCUUCCCCCAGCAAAGCUACUGCUGCUCCCGUUAACGCCACCCGAACCGGCAGCCUCCCGAGUGAAGCUGCCACCUCCCUCCGGCAUCGGGGGGCGGACCGUCGCCCCGCAGUCCGUCAGGGUAGCACGGCCCCCGAUAUGAAUGUGAGGGAGUGCUUCCGCCAGUUGACCAAGGAGCGCCAGUUCCACUACACCAGCAUCCGCUCCAAGCUGGAAAACAUGGUUAGCAUGCUGUCACACCGCCGCGAGCUGGUGGAUAUCACCAAUGUGACUCUGGGGCCGGGCCUACACCGAGUGACUAAGGCCCAGAAAGAGUGGGGGCAGGGGCUGAACCCUGUCCAGCCGAUGGACGGCGUGGGCACUUGGCCUAGGGCUAGAUGUCUACACUAAGAACUUACUGGGCUACAAGGUGGAACUUACCGGGCUACGAGGUGGAGGGUGUUAUGGGAAGAGCUUGUGGGUUGUAGGUAGGAAUGCACUACACAAAAAAUGGUGGCGGCAACGUAGUAGAGAAUUAGUCUUCCUUGGUUUUAACGUGUUUCAUUUUGCAGACCCUUUCAUCCAAAGCGUCAUGUAUACAUUGUUUUGAUGUAGGGGUGGUCCUGGGAAUCAGCUUCCCUGGCGUUGCCAGUGCCAUGCUCUACCUACUGAGCUGCAAAGGGCCACCCAUACAGACAAAGACAACUUCAGGAUUUGUGACGUAGCCUUCUUCCUCUUGCCUGUCUGUCUUUUGUCUUUCUAACCCCUGUUUGUACCUCCUACUUGAAACUGACAUGAAAAGGUACGAAAAGGGCCAUGGAGAUACUCUACUUUAUCGUGACAAUUUAGGCCAAGAGAAUGAAUGUUUUUAAGCUUGGACGGUGUGAAAUUAGGCUGUACAAUUUGGAGGAGAAAUACUGUAAGUUGAAUCCUUAAAUAAAUACUUUAUGGGCAUUUUAAGGAAUACAUUUUUUCUGCUGUAACGGAAUGGGUUUUGCUGAAUUGACUCAAUAUUAGUGCAAAGAAAGCUGUUAUGUUUCAUGAUAUCAAGUGAUAAUGUAAAAAAGAAAUAAAGAGAAUUUCUAUCACACUUAAAAUAUA